AUGGCUGAAGCUCAGUCCCCGGCACCUCAGCCUCAGCCAGCCGCCAAUGGCGUCAAGUCCUCCACAGCGUCGCCUGCGCAAGCAGAAACGCGGCCCCAGCGGCCCAAGACGACCCCGUUGCAUCAGAUCUACGCCCUGCCGGCUCCGAUCAGGACCUUUCCACUGCCCUCGUUCUACCCGAACAACCCUGUAUCUCUCCUCCAGUUGGCCUGGGCAUGGGCGAGCCAGGUGCUUUCCCCGCCCCCAGCUGAGCCCUCAGUAAUAUGGGAAGCCAUCUGGUCACCCGAGUCGAGUUCCGUUCAUGUCUACGAUGAAAAGGCCAUCCGAGCUCUGUGGGAACAGGGCUUUUAUGGAAAAGGCAACCUCAGCCGAAGCGAGCCCAACUGGCUCAAGCGAGAAAAGGUCCGCCGCGGCCUCGUGCAGACGCACGUCAGCGAGGAAUUGACCACGAGUAGAAGAGAGGAGCGUAUCAAGAUGAAGUGGGAAAGAGCGAGGGCAGAGCAAGACGCCAUCCGCCAAGUCCGACUGGAAGAAGCUCGGCUCGCGAUGGCACAUGGCAGCUCUGCGGGCACUUCCUCCGUGCCCCAGCCCGAAGUUCCAGCCGUGAUUGCUGCCGUGCAGGCCCCGCCAACUGGGCCGCUGGAGCUCCUGUUGCUGCCCAACUCGUCUGCCGAUGUUCCUCUUGCUGUUGAGCACCCCAUCCUUCCCGCAGAGGCCAUUGCUGCAGCUGCAGACCUGAUACCUGAUGACAGUGAAAGCUCAUUUGACACACCGCCGGACCAACAGUCUGCAAACGGACACGCCGUGAACGGCUCGUCCAUAUCUACCACAGGAGAGGACCUCAACGGCCACGUCAAGUCACCCGAUGACAAUGCGCCCGACGAAGUCAAGACGGUCAAACGUCGCAAGAGUGUGCGUCCAAGCCAUGCCUCGAUAAGUGACAAGACAACCAAUGGAUCAUCACAUGGCGCCAAACGUGACGCGGUGUGGCCCAAUGGUUCUCUACGACACAAAGCUGCUCCUGAUAUGCCGGAGGCGACAGGGGAGAUCCUGAACAAGGAACACCUCCAGCUGACGGGCGAGGAAGCGCUCUUCCUGAGCUUCGGCCUCGGCACUCUCAAGGUCUUGGAUCCCCAAACGAAGACGCCAAUCGACACGUCCUCCCUCUUGACGCUCUUCCGCCAAAACGCAGUCUUCCCGCCUCUGCCGCCGACAGCACUGCUACCCGACGAUAGUUUCCUUCUCAAUUACGCCGUGUACCACCAUUUCCGGUCGCUCGGUUGGGUACCACGGCCGGGCAUCAAAUUUGGCAUGGACUGGAUGCUGUAUGCCAAAGGCCCUGUCUUCGAUCACGCUGAAUUUGGCGUCAUCAUCCUGCCUUCUUAUUCACACGCGUGGUGGAAGGAAAACAAGCAUCCAGUGCCACAAAAGACAUGGCACUGGCUGCAUGGCGUCGUGCGUGUCCUCGCACAUGUGCACAAGAGCCUCGUGCUGGUCUACGUCGACGUACCGCCGCCGCCGAUUUUCGACAAGGCCUUCGAGCAAGGUCCUGCGGCGGCGCUCAAGUUGUACAAGAUCCGGGAGGUCAUGGUCAGGCGGUGGUCGAGCAACCGCAACAGAUGA